CUCGGCUGAUCCCUCUUCCUUUUCUCCAAGAAGACGUGUCUCGGAUUCAGGUGCUUCUUCCACGGACCAGGAACCAGCCUCGUCUCCGAGAGUGAGGGCAGGUUACAGUUUUUGGGGAGAGGGCAAGCCGGCAGCACAGCCAGUCCAAGAAGAAACAACGUGGCCUUAUUGUGAAGAGUCUGGCAGAGGACAUUGACGAUGUUGGACUUGACUCUGGGCACCCCCAGCAGCGGAGGAGGAACUCAGACACACAUAAGGGGAGGGACUCUGAGAACUGCUCCAUUUGCAGGAGCACGUUUAUGAACCCAAAGACCCUACCAAAAUUGCGGACAUGUGUUUUGCACUCCCUGUAUCGACCGUGCAAUGCAGAUCAAACCGGUCUGUCCAAUUUGCGGUGAAGUCUACGGCACCAUGUGGGGGGCACAGCCAGAAGGGACCAUGGAGUGGAAAGUAGAUCCUCACCUCCCACUGCCCGGUUACGAACGGCACGGCACGAUAGUCGUCAUGUAUGACUUCCCUGAUGGUAUACAAACAUCGAAUCACCCAAACCCCGGACGUCGGUACUACGGCUGCCAUCGCAGGGCAUACCUCCCCAACACUGCCGAGGGCAUGGAGGUGUGCAGACUGCUGCAUAAGGCCUUCCAAACCAAGCUGCUGUUCACCGUGGGCCAGUCUGUCACCACAGGGAUGGACAACUGUGUCAUCUGGAACGACAUCCACCACAAAACCAACACACACGGAGGCCCGACAAACCACGGAUAUCCAGAUCCUGACUAUUUGAGAAGGGUGAAAGAGGAACUAGCAGUGAAAGGCAUCACGACUUUGUGACCUGGCCAAUUCUGCCCAUAGCUACAUUUACAUUGUAUGUCCCAUUACUGAUAAUCUGACAUCAUAGUCUACUAUUAAAGUAUUGAAGCAGAAGGCAACUACAUGCCAUGCAUAUUCUACAAAUAGAUAUUGUAGUGGCUUUAUCUGAGCCAACAUGCAUAUAUGGGAAGAAUUUUAGAAAAGCUAAGAUUAGCACAUGAUAUAGCCAUGUACAUAUAAAUUCAUAUUGUAUGUGUGUAUGUGUUCAUUGCGUAUGUGUUCAUUGCAAGCCUAGCAAUAUUAAUUACUGCAUGGUACACUUACAAUGAAAAUUUUCCUGAUGCUGCCCUUUAGAAUGUUGAGUUAAGUCUAGACAGCAUCCUGCUGUUCUUCUAAACAUCAGUGUUUGGCCUCGGCCCGGGCUGAUUCAAACCAGUUCUAGCUGCUUAUUUAAAGAGACAUAACAGGCUGUUUACCUGCAGCUCUUGUACAUGUUUAUAUGCCUUCUCUUGACAGAUGUCUCAAAAGAGUUUGUGGAGAAUGUACUAGUAGACUCAUUGAAAUGUAGUCCAUGUAUAGAGUAUUGUAUUUUAUGGCUGUAAGGUAAUCCAGAACUUUGAUCCAUUCAUCAGUGAAUGUUAGUGUUUGCCAUGCAUUAGAAAUGACAAUCAAAGGAGCUUUAAUUUAUAAGCUCCAUAGUUUGGUUCCAGCACAUCUGCAUCCAUUUAACUUUUAAUUGUUUUUGCCUUUAUUCAUUUAUCAUUUGUAAGCGUUUCAGACAACUUUAUUUUGGGCCUUUUGGUGCACCCAGCUGUGUGACACUAGCAUUGUUUUGAUAAAUUAUGCACAUAAUCCAGCAAUCAAGAGGGUGAUGCAACAUUUGGUAAACAUUGGAGAUGAUGAUAUAACAUCUAUCUGAAAGUCAACAAAGGUUCUGUGUGUGAUAAUUGACAACCUGGUUACAGUGAUCUUUCCAGCUCCAUCCCAUCAGCUACAUCUCAUUCAAGCCUGUUUGAAUCAGGAGCUAUUGUAACACUGCCACCAUGCUGUGGUGUAAUCUUACCUAACAACAGAAAUCUUUUCUCAUUUGAUCCCUACCUUCGAUGCUUUGAUAUUCUUAUUGAAAUCAGACUACUUUCAACUUUGUGACCUUUGAGUCAGUAUUUGCACGCAUAUGUAUUGUGCAUGCAUGUUGAAUGGAAGUUUCCCUAAUGUCAUUCAGCUGUGGUUCCAACUAAAAAGCUACUGUUGGAAGACAUAAUCUGUGCCCUGUCAAAAAAAGGUAUUCAUACCAACAUGGUAACUUUUUGGAAAA